AUGUGUUGCUAUUUUGCCAUGUCUGAAAAUGAUGGGUUGGAAGAAGAUAUUUGGGAGUACAAAUCCAUUCGGAAACCAAAGUCAGUAUAUCAAAAUAAUAAUUCAGUGAACAUCUCUACAUCUGUGCAGAAAGCAAAUGAUGGGAAGUGCAAAUCAAAAGGAAGUGGAGGUAGGAAUAAUAGAAAAACAUUUGAAAACAAGGACAAGUCCAAGAAAAGUGAACAGGAACCAAGACAGAAAUGUAUUCAACCACUUAUAAACCCUGACCAGAACUUAAAUCUAUCUAAAGAUGACCAUAUUGUGCAGUCCCAGGAAAGUGUAACUACACCAACAAAGCGAAGCAGGACUUGUAACAAAAAACAAACCACACCAAAUGCAAGGCCAGUUUAUGAUGGAUACUGCCCAAGUUGCCAGAUGCCUUUCUCUUUACUGUUAGCCCAGACACCUCGGUGGCAUGUUACUGAAUGUUUGGACACUCAAGGAUCCACUGAAAAAGAGUGUCCUGAUGGUCUACUGUGCACUUCCACCAUUCCAUCGCACUACAAGCGCUAUACCCAUUUCAUACUUGCUACAAGCAGAGCAGGGGAUUAUUUUGUCAGCUCUUCAACAUAUAGCCCAGAGAGAAAGUUCACAUGCUCUGAUGCUACUAACUCAAGCUGUUUCUCAGGCCUUGUGGAUGGAACCUCACAGCAUGAGAAACUGACCAGGAAUGUAAGAAAUGCCUCAAAUGAGGAUCAUACAUUGGUGAUACAGAGUUCAACACAAGCAAAAUCUCCAAAUGUAACCAAUGUAAAUACUGUGUCUUCCACAAACAUUCUAAAGCCCCAACAGACUCUUCUACUUACACAGUCUGCAGAUGAUAAUGGCCAGCUUGAGUCUUUGGAUUUUCCAUUUUCUCAAGGAAGCGAAGCUAGUGGAGAUCUGGAUAGUCAGAAUGAUUCUAAUCAGUUAAAGCUGCUACUUCCAGAAGCUGACUUCAGUGACUGUGAAAUUUCCUACUCUCCACUUAAUACUGAUGAGGAAAAUGAAGAGGAAACAGAGGAGGAGGAGGAGAAGAAAGUAAAAAAUUCACAAAAGAGAUUAUUUCACACCCAGAACUCUGAAGAUGAGAGCACCAAAAAGAAGGAAUCUAGCUGUAUGUUGUUUACUAAAUUGGAUUGUUCUCCACUUCAGCAAGUACACAGGUAUGGCUGCCUUAAGCUAGGUGGUUUCAUAAUACAAAAUGAACCUUGUGAAGAAUUGAAUGGACUGAGUAGUUUAGAUGGUUUUGUUAAGCCUGUUUCUCAGGAGCACAUGAACAACAUGUUCUCUAAUUCAGGAAGUGAUGCUAAUCAGUUAAAACACCCACAAGAGGUACUGACUGCACAAUCCUCUCUUUCCCUUAAUUAUGAGAUAACUAAGAAGGAAUUUGAUUGGCCAACAUUCAGUGCGUCUGUUUCUAAUACAGGUAAUUUGGAGCUAAAAGAUUUUAAUGCUUGCCAUUUGGAUUAUGCAAACUUGGCUGUGGGUGAUCCAUCAUUGUCCUUGAAAGUCGAAGAAGAAGGUGGUAGAUCUUUUCUGUCAAGGCAAAGUGAAGUUUCAAAGGAACCUAGUAACUUCCUAAUCAAUAGAAAUAAAAUGACUACUAACACAAGUGGAACUACAUUAUACCAGAAGAGUUCACAGCCAGUAAUAGAGGAAGAAGGAAGUCUUCCUAAUACAGUAGCUGUACCCCUUCCCAGUAUGAUCUCUCAAACGCUGCCAUCUGUUUCUGUUGCAAAUAUGAAAGCCAAAUCUAUUUCAGCCAAAGAACUGAAACAAAUGGACAUUGGUGUUUUCUUUGGGUUAAAACCCAAAGCAAAAGAAGAGAACAAAGGAAAGAAACAUUUUGGUGAGGGAACACAAGCCUCAAGUCCUAUAACUCCCAAUGGAAAGAGGCCCAGACAACAAAAGAGAAAAGCUGAGGGAUCUGUGGGGGACACAGAUGCGGUCACAGAAAGUUCAAAUAAAAAUGGAAUCUGUGUAGAUACAACAUCUGGUGUGAAGCGAAGUUGGAGAAAAAGAUUUAGAGAAUCAUCUUCUACAGAAGAAGGAACAAAAAACAAAAAGUGUCCCUUUUAUAAGAAGAUAUCAGGAACUGGUUUUACAGUUGAUGCAUUUCAGUAUGGAGAAAUCGAAGGCUGCGUAGCCUAUUUCCUCACUCAUUUCCAUUCUGAUCAUUAUACUGGCCUAACAAAAAAAUUUACAUUUCCAAUCUAUUGUAAUAAGAUAACUGGCAACUUGGUGAAGAGUAAACUUCGAGUGCAAGAACAGUAUGUCCAUACAUUGCCAAUGGAUACAGAGUGUAUAGUGAAUGGAAUCAAAGUGGUCCUGCUUGAUGCCAAUCAUUGUCCAGGUGCCACAAUGAUCCUUUUUUGCCUUCCCAAUGGAACUGUCAUGCUACACACUGGGGACUUCAGGGCAGAUCCUUCUAUGGAGCAUUGUCCUCUUCUGAUCAGUCGAAAGAUUCACACCCUGUACUUGGAUACUACAUACUGCAGUCCUGAAUAUACUUUUCCUUCUCAACAAGAGGUUAUCCAGUUUGCUAUCAACACUGCCUUUGAGACAGUAACUCUAAACCCACGUACAUUGGUCGUCUGUGGAACCUAUUCCAUUGGAAAAGAAAAGGUCUUUCUAGCAAUUGCUCAAGUUCUGGGCUCUAAAGUGAGCAUGUCCCAAGAUAAAUACAAAACACUGCAGUGCUUAGAGUCAGCAGCUGUUAAUUCCCUCAUCACCAUGGACUGGAACAAUACUUUGCUUCACCUUCUUCCCAUGAUGCAAAUUAAUUUUAAGGGCUUGCAGAACCACUUAAACAAGUUCUCAGAGAAGUUUGACCAAGUUCUGGCUUUCAGGCCCACUGGAUGGACGUACUCCGAUUCAUGUCACGCUCUGGCAGAUAUCAAACCUCAGACCAGGGGAAAGAUCACCAUAUAUGGGAUUCCUUACAGUGAACACAGCAGUUACCUAGAAAUGAAACGAUUUGUCCAGUGGCUCAAGCCACAGAAAAUCAUCCCCACUGUAAAUGUUGGUGACUGGAGAGCCAGAAACAUGAUGGAGAAGCAUUUUAGAGACUGGAAAAUGGAGCCUACUCAGCAGAGGGAAGAAUGUACGUUCCAAAGGACGUGUGCUGGGGGAGGGAUUGAACUACCCAGGACUUUUAUCUAGCCUUCCUUUUUCUAUGAAGCCUCUUUGAGAAGAAACAAGCUGCCAUUCUCCUGCAAGAGAGAGUAUGGUCAUAU